AAUUCAUGAGCAGAACCAACCGCCCCCCGCUGGCGCUGUCCCGCCUGAUCCGGAUGAUGAACAAACCCGGGCGAGGGGACAAAACCGCGGUGGUGGUGGGGACGGUGACGGACGACGUUCGCAUCCAGAACGUGCCCAAGCUCAAGGUCUGCGCUCUCAGGGUCACUCGCGGCGCUCGGAGCCGAAUUCUCCGCGCCGGGGGCUCCAUCCUCACCCUGGACCAGCUGGCCAUGGCCACCCCAAAGGGCAAAGGGACGGUGCUGCUGUCGGGUGAGAGACCCCAAAAUAUCCCAAAUUCACCCCAAAAAAAUCCCCAA